AACAUCAAGUGUUCUUGUACUGUCAGCAAGUAAAAUACAAAAAAAAAAAAUAAUUUAUAUUAUUAUUUUUUAUAAAUAUAAAAAAAUAUUUAUAUAAUCAAUAUAAAAUGAAGGUUUUUAUUGCUCUUUUCGCUUGCAUCGCUGUUGCAUCAGCUGGAUAUGCUGAGACAUAUCAUGUAUCACCAUCUUAUCAUGGACCACCAGCACCACUUGAUCACAAAACUGGUGAAGUUAUUGAUGAAGAUCAUGUUGCCCAUGCAAAAUUGAGUCAUCUUUAUGCUUGGCAAAAAGAAGCAUCAAGAAACCAUGGUAGUGGUGGUGAAGAAUAUGCACCAGAAAGUACAUACAAAUCAGAAUCACAUGAUGAACAUAUUCAUGCACCUGUUGUACAUUAUCAUGGACCACCAGCUCCACUUGAUCAUAAAACUGGACAAGUUAUUGAUGAAGACCAUGUUGCUUAUGCCAAAAAAAAUCAUCUUCUUGCUUGGGAAAAAGAAGCAGCUAAAACAGCUCAUCAUGGUUACGCAUAUCCUGAAUAUCAUUAAUUUUUUUUCAAUCUAUCACUUCUUCGUCAAUUUUAUCACUUAAAAAUGUUAAUUUUAACUUCAUCACUCAUAAUUUUUGUUGUUUUUCACCGUGAACAUUAAUUUCAC